AUGGCUAAGUACUAUUUCGCAGACAAGGCAGAGCAGUGCGAGGACCUGUUUGACUUCGGCAAAUGCCAUCUUGGUGAAGACCGUUGGCUCACUCAUCUUUUCAUGAUUGGUGCAAAGGAGCGAUACCAAAUUCAGAUGUGUACCAGCGCGUUUUGUAAAACGGAGGCUGUUCAAACCUUCCGAAGUUUGCUAAAGCAGCGAAGAAGAUGGUUCCUCGGAUUUAUCACGAAUGAGGUGUGCAUGCUUACCGAUAUUCGUUUGUGGUAUCGAUAUCCCAUGUUAUGUCUUGUACGCUUUAUGCAAAAUACCAUCCGUACUACUGCGUUACUAUUUUUCAUCAUGGUCAUAUCGGUUAUGACUACGUCUAACAAAGUAGAAAACUUGCCUGUGGGGUUUAUUGCAGUGUCUCUGGGUUUAAAUUACCUUCUCAUGCUCUAUUUUGGCGCAAAGCUUCGACGCUACAAGGCGUGGCUUUACCCUAUAAUGUUCAUUCUGAAUCCAUUCUUUAACUGGCUCUAUAUGGUCUAUGGGAUUUUUACAGCUGGUCAGCGGACAUGGGGCGGGCCGAGGGCUGACGCAGCUGCAGCGGAUGAAAACACUACACCGGAACAAGCUGUCGUCAAGGCAAAAGAAACAGGUGACGAACUUAAUAUUGAUGUGGAUACUUUCCGGGCGCUGGCCGAAGGAAAGUCGUCCGUUCCCAUCCAUCCAGCGGAAGUGGUAGAAGGUCGGUUCGCAGCACCGGAUCUACAACCAAACGGAUACUAUUACACCGAGAAUGACAACACGUCUACAAUGACCUUUCCAGACUUCCCGCAGCGGAACCCAGCCGUCGCUCCUCUACCGUUACACCCUCGAGCAUCUUUUGACUCAGACUGGACAAACGGAUCUAAUUCCAUGAUCCACCUACCACGCACAGUGGAGAGUAUUAUGGGAGAAGAGGACCAGAGGAAAGUGCAGCUUGCACGCCAGUCAAGGGUAUGCUCUAGCGUUGGUGUAGAGAUAGGGGAUCUCGAAGAUGGCCGCGACUCGAUGUGGGGCGGGGACUCAAGAUCUGAGAGCCGAGGUCGAUCUAUUUCCAGGGGGAAGAGCCCUGCGUGCUCUUCUACACGGUCUGGAAAGCUAUCUAACUCCGCAGCAGGCGUACUCACCUAUGAUGGGAUGAACAAUGGAGGGAGUGGGAGUCUGAUCCCGCCGGAUACGGGGAUAUUUGAGCCGACGCGGAUUCGGGCGGGGCGGAGUCCGCUGGGGAGGAACAGUCCAGUCCGAGCCGCUGAGGACGGUGUAGCGGAUGCAUCGCCUUCAACUUCACCUUCACCUGAAAAAAACCACCAUCAAGAUGAGAAGCCGGAUGAAGGGACAGAACAAGCUGAGGCUUCUGGAACGAAGAAGAAGCGGAAACGAUCGCGGCUAGUGAAAAGGUCGCGGGAUCCGGGAGAUAUAGUUUGA